UUAACUCGCUCCUGCGUGCACACGGUCGCAUCUCUUCGGGCUCCAUGUGCAGCUGAUUCGGUCCCGGUGUCCAGGCUCGUCGUGACGGCGACAGGCUGAAGGGAAGAAUGCGGUUUUCCACGGUGGUGUCGAUACUGCGGCCGAUGGGCCCGGUGGUGGUCGGCAUUUCUUUGGGCUUCACCUUGAGUUUGUUGAGUGUAAACUGGGUGGAAGAGACCUGCUUCUUUGUGGACAGUAACGACGCCGGUGAUGUCCCAUCGGGUCAGGAUGGACAGCCCAAAGGAGCCCGAAAACCCAACUCGAUUUCGAGUAGUAACGACGUGGAGUCUGAAGAGAACUUCCAGCCGAGAAUCGUCCCUUACAAACAAGUCCAACAAAGUGCGCCCAAGAAAGUUUUCAGGGCAAAGUACAUAAGCACAGAGUUGGGGAUGAGAGAGCGUCUGUUUGUUGGGGUGCUGACAUCCAAAAACACCAUUAAUACCUUGGGUGUAGCUGUCAACCGAACCAUAAGCCAUCACCUGGACACAGUGGUGUUCUUCACCGGCAUGCGCAACCGCAGAAGUCCUCAUGGCAUGUUUGUAGUCUCUCAUGGGGACGAGAGACUUAUAUGGAACAUGUUUCAGACCAUAAAAUAUGUUUUUGAACAUUACAUCAAUGAGUAUGAUUGGUUUUACAUCAUACAAGAUGACACUUACUCAGAAGCUGACAGGAUCAAAGCCCUAGUGGAACAUCUAAGCAUGGAUCGGGAGCUUUACAUGGGAAGUCCUGAGCAGUUUAUCGGUGGUGAGAUGGAAGGCAGGUACUGUUAUGGAGGAUUCGGGUACCUGCUGUCACGGACCCUGCUCCUCCGGCUCCAGCCCUUCCUGGAGAACUGUCGGAAUGACAUCCUGAGCGCAAGGCCUGACGAGUGGCUUGGAAGAUGCAUCAUUGAUUACACCAACACAAACUGUGUCAGUGAAUAUGAGGGGCUUCAGUACCACCAUUAUGAGGUGGGAAAGAACUCUGAUCCCAGUAAAGAUCAGAGUGAGCAGUUAAAGAAAGCUCUGUCUGUCCAUCCAGUGUCUGACCCUGAGCAGAUGUACCAGCUGCACAGAUACUUCACUGAGAUUGAACUCCAGAGGACCUAUGAUGAGAUCGCUAAGCUGCAGGCAGAAAUAAAAAAUGUCAGCGUGGUUGCUUUUGAGGGCAAUCGCAGCGCCCAUUGGCCAGUGGGGAUCAACCCACCAUUUGAGCCCAAAUCUCGAUUUGAAGUUCUGAGUUGGGAAUACUUCACAGAGGAAGAGGUGUAUUUGUGCAUCGAUGGCUCUCCUAAGUGUGAACUGCGUGGCAUUGGCCGCGUGGAUGUCGCUGAUGUCAUCAACAUAGCUGUAGGAGAGCUAAACAAGAAGUACAAGCCUGUCCUACAUCUCAAAAAGCAACAGCUGAUAAAUGGCUACAGGCGGUUUGACCCCACCAGGGGAAUGGAGUACACCUUAGAUCUACAGCUGGAAGUCAUCAACCAGAAAGGACACAGCCGUUCCAUCACAAAGCGGGUUCACCUGGUCCGACCUUUGAGUCAAAUAGAGAUCAUUCCAAUGCCCUAUGUCACUGAAGCAACGAGAGUUCAUGUGAUUGUACCUCUUACUUUUCAGGACCGAAGUUACAUUGACCAUUUUCUUGAGGUCUUUGCCUCAAAUGCCUUUGAGACCAGUGAAAAUACAAUUCUGACAUUCUUGUUUAUUUACAACCCAGUGGAGGCACAGGAAGUUAACCAGAAUGAUAUCUUUGCCAGUGUGAAGGCUCAGAUAAACACCUACGAACGCAAAUACCCUGCAGUGAAAAUCCCAUGGAUAAGUGUCAAGACAGAAACACCAUCCCAGAUCAAGUACAUGGACAUCAUUUCUAAGAAGCAUCCUGUGGACACGCUGUUCUUCCUGGCUUAUGUCAACACAAAUAUCAAUUCAGAGUUUCUUAACCGAUGCCGCAUGAAUUCAAUAAACAACUGGCAGGUGUUUUUCCCAGUUCAUUUCCAGGACUACAAUCCUGAUAUUGCCUACCACAACCAGCAGCAUCCGGCCACGAUUGAUCUGGUUAAAGAUGCAGGGCAUUUUGACCGCAGCUCAUUUGAAGAAGCAUGUUUUUAUAACUCCGACUACAUGGCAACACGCACACGGAUGGUAUCCGACGUCCAGGAGAAUGAGGACAUUCUAGAGUCAUUGGACAUUUAUGAGAUGUUUGUAAAGUAUUCAGUUCUACAUGUCUUCAGGGCAGUAGAACCGGCACUUCAUCAGAAGUAUCGUUACCAGUCCUGCAAUCCACGGCUCAGUGAAGAGAUCUAUCACAGAUGUGUUCAGAGCAACUUGGAAGGUCUUGGGUCUCGCUCCCAACUUGCUACACUCCUGUUUGAGCAAGAACAAGGAAACAGCACUUGAAUGCACCUCAUAAAACCUAUGUUCCUUCCAAUACAAGCUGGGAUUUGGGAUCUGGCUAAACAUGAGUAGGAACACCACAAGCACCACCCAAUACUCAACGAUGAGUUUUGUCCAAACCAUCAGCCAUGUGUUUACAGUGACAACACAUGACAUGGCCCAACAUUCCCCAUCUUCCAGUGUGCAAUCGAGGAUCGUUUUGUUGGUGGUUU